CAAACCGGAAACAGCCUUCGAACGUCAAGCAACGUCAAACCGCUGUCAGCCCGCGACAGCUUCCCUCUUUCCGGCAUUAAUUCUCUACUAGUGAGCACACAUUUCUGUGAGCGCUAGUAAAUUUAACACCGUCAAAAUGGGAAGACGUCCCGCAAGAUGUUAUCGCUACUGUAAGAACAAGCCAUACCCGAAGUCGCGGUUCUGCCGUGGUGUCCCAGAUCCGAAGAUCCGUAUCUUCGAUCUCGGUCGCAAGAAGGCCGCCGUCGAGGAUUUCCCGCUGUGCGUGCACCUGGUGUCCGAUGAGUACGAACAGCUGAGCUCCGAAGCUCUGGAAGCUGGACGUAUUUGCUGCAACAAGUACUUGGUCAAGUUCUGCGGCAAGGACCAGUUCCACAUUCGUAUGCGUCUGCAUCCGUUCCACGUCAUCCGCAUCAACAAGAUGUUGUCGUGUGCCGGAGCUGAUAGACUCCAAACUGGAAUGCGUGGUGCCUUCGGUAAGCCCCAGGGAACCGUUGCCCGUGUCAACAUUGGUCAGCCGAUCAUGUCGGUGCGCUCCAGCGACCGUUUCAAGGCCCAGGUUAUCGAGGCUCUGCGUCGUGCCAAGUUCAAGUUCCCCGGUCGCCAGAAGAUCUUCGUCUCGAAGAAGUGGGGCUUCACCAAGUACGACCGCGAUGAGUACCUGAAGCACCAGGAGGAAGGCCGUCUGGUUGCGGACGGAUGCGGUGUCCAGUUCAAGAACGACCACGGCCCGCUCGCCAAGUGGGAACAGCACCAGCGUAACCGUUUCGGCGUGUAAGACGUUCGUUUCCAGCCGAAUCGCGAGUUUGUGGAUGAUGGAAGAAGAAGAAUAAGCCCCGUGUAUUGUUUUGUACCGCCAAGUGGACUGAGUAUGUGCGAAAAAGGAGGGUGAAAAUGUCCGAAAGGAAGAAAACAAGCCCAGGAAAAUAAAGGGGAAACCAUAUUUUGCUGGCAAAAAUGUAA